AUGAGCCUAGCACCACCACCGCCACCCUACAGGAGACGUGCUGUGGUAGUCGGCAUCAACUACACAUCCUGCGGCGAAAUCGCUCUCAGAGGCUGCGCCAACGACGCAUAUGCCUUCGCCCUCGCUCUGGUCAACCUCUGGCACUUCGACCCGCGAGACAUCCUACUGCUCACUGACGACGAAGCGGAAUACGAAGACAACAAAGACAACUAUAAAGAUAAAAGCGCCCGGCAACGCCAAAAACCCUUCAGAAGCAACAUCCUUCAGGGACUCAAGUGGCUCACCGGCGGCGUACACCCGGGAGACGUCCUCGUGUUCUACUUCGCCGGACACGGACUCCAAAUUGACAACCUAUCCGGCUGGGAAGGCGAAGGCUUCGAUGAGGCAAUACUACCCCUAGAUUGCACUCACCAGCAAGGCGACGUAAACGCUAUAAGCUCGGUCUGUCUGCGAAACCAUUUUCUCUCUGUUUCCGACCGAGUCCAGCUCACAAUUUUCUUGGACUGCGCAGGUGGCCAGUCAUCGCUGGACGUAUCCGGCGGCAACAAAUGGACCUUCAUCAAGGGCGUUGUCCAAAAAGGGAUUUGGCCUCUCACCGAUCCCACCGACAAAAUGCACCGAGCCCGAUAUGACUCACGCGUCUGGACCCAUCACACCAUGAAGGCGAAGGGUGUGCGCCCGCGGUACGUCCCUGGGGUCGAAGUCAAUGACACAAAUGAACUGAGCGACGUCCAAACCCGGUUCAAGAAGGGCGGUGGGGAAAAAACCCACGCCUACAUGAUCUGCGGUGCCCCCUUCAGCGAAGUACCCGUCGAGGCCCACUGCCCGGCUCUAAAAAUACGAGGGUGCGAUUCCAGGGGCGUUUUCUCCAAAGACUGCGUCACCGUCAAAGGAACCCACGUCUACCACGGCGCCUUCACAUGGGCGCUCAUCCGCGCAUUCCACGACUGCGCACGAAAUAACAUCCACCGACGAGCAACAUAUAACUUACUCAGCGAACGAGUGCUCUACCAUAUCAAGGAUCUGAUGCAAAAGUAA